GAAGAGGAGAGGGAAAGAGUCUGUCAGCCACGUGGCUUCCAACGACCGACCGAGCUGAGGAGAACUGCUAAGAAAUGGUCCCUGGAAGGACUGAGCGCGUUCGGGAGCCUGGAGGAACUUAUCCUGGACAACAAUCUGCUGGGGGACGACCUCGUGUUGCCAGGGUUACCCAGACUCCAUACCUUAACCCUCAACAAGAAUCAGAUCACUGACUUGGAAUCUCUGCUUGAUCACCUGGCACAAGUGACCCCUGCUCUGGAAUACCUCAGCCUUCUGGGUAAUGUGGCAUGUCCUAAUGAAUUGGUCAGCUUGGAAAAGGAUGAAGAAGAUUAUCAGAGGUAUAGAUACUUUGUCCUAUACAAGCUGCCUAAUUUGAAGUUUCUCGAUACCCGAAAAGUAACCAGGCAAGAGCGAGAGGAGGCCUUGGCCAGGGGUGCAUUCAUGAAGGUGGUGAAGCCCAAGACUCCAAGUGACAGCAGUGCUGCCUCUCCAGAGCAUCGCUAUACACCGCUGCCUUCUGCUUCCAGAGAACUCACUAGUCAUCGAGGUGUCCUGGAAAAGUGUCACUAUGUUUACCAUGGAAGAAACUCAGAAGGAAACAGGUUUAUACGAGAUGACCAGCUCUGA